UCAUUAAGAUGUCAAAUCGGUCCGAAUGACAUCACCUUCUCUUGAAGUCAUCUGACAGAUGAUAAACAGGUUGUAAGCAAAAGGAAAAUUAUGUCUAGACAUAGUUCGGCGUAAUAAUAGUUUUCUGUGGAAGAUUUAGUUCGCAAAGUGAAAAAUCUGCGUGAAAAUCUCUUCCUAUGAAAGCGGUACCGUGCUAGCUGCGGAUAGGAUUGGCAAACGGGUGUCCUUGAUCGACCACUUAGAGGGCGGUUCCGAUUGCGCACAUCGGAAGCUACCCCCGCCACACAAUGGAUUUGGUAGACAUUGACAAGGUGUUGGACGAUCUUGAACUGAACGAGGACGACGGCAACAGCGUUGCGACGAGGCCAGCGGACGCCAAGGCCACAGUGAAUGGCACGGCAGCGGAUCCACAGUCGGCAGUGGUAGCUGCUCUCGGACCGGCGACAGCUGCGCAGGAAAAGCUAAAAUUUAAGGCCAACGUAGUUAAUGUGUCAACCGUGUUUUCAAGUCUGAACGAGUAUGUGAACGCGGGCGGAACAGAGUUGGGCGGAGCGACGAAGCAUGUGAGCCUCCCGGACUCGCAUGAUCUGGGCAUACCCAGUGAGCGGAAGCCACUCCUGACUCCUCCGUCGACCUCUUCGAUUUCAUCGGAAGUGAAAACAUCCUCCGCUGCGGCUACGUCAUCCUCUGUGCCGACUUCCCCACAGCACGUCGCGUCCACUCCGGCAACAUCGCCCGAUUCUUCUGCCUCCUCGGUGUCCUGCUGUUCGUCACGGGUCGCUUCCUCAUCGGCAUCGUCUUCUGCGCAUUCUUCUUCCGCGUCGUCGUCAUCGUCGUCGGCGUCCAGCAGCGAUGUGGAAGAGGCCGACAAGCAGCAGGAAGCCAAAGGGCAUGAGCUGGCUCAUGAAAAGCUUCCCGAAGAGCUAUCGUCCCUGAGCGGUGAUGAUUACGUGCUGGACACAUCGUCGAUGACCACGCUGGCCACCACCAAUGAGGGAGGGGCACGAAAGGGCACGACGGCUGGCGAUGCACAGGAUACGUCGGCGUUCUCUUACAAGAACAGCCUGUACUCGGACACGCUGAGCAAUGAUGUGAUAAAUUUGGAAGGAAUCUCGUCCAUCUCCUCCAUUGUGGCCGUCGAUCUGUCGCGAAGCGGCCAGGUGCCGCUGGUGCGCGAAACCAAUGAAGUGGUGGAGGGAGCGCCAGUAGCAAAGGAUGAGAUAGAAACGACGGCGCAGGACGAUGUGGAACGGCCGGGCAAGCCGCACGAGGGCGAAGAUGCUCGUAAACCGGUGAUAGGGUUCGAAUCGACGAUGGACGAUGUGUCCGACACGGAGCUAGAGAGCUAUCUGCAGGAGCUGGAGGAGUUUGAUUUUCGCAGCGUGAAUGUAGAAUCUGCGAUGCCACCGAAGCCAAACGCAGAGUCCGUUACCGAGUUAGACCCUGCGGUAACCACAGAAUCACAGCAACCGGAGAUUGAUGCCCCUGCUGGUGGAGAUGUAGAGCACGGUUCAAUGAUCGUGCAAGAUCGCGCUGCAGAUGAGAACAGUAUCGAUAGUCGUAGUGAUGAUGAAAUCAGUCCCAGUUCCUCCCGUGGCGAGAACGAGGACGAUCUGAUCUCGCAAGCAUCUACGCUGGAGUUUAACGAUUUGGCGAUGGGCGCAACUGCGGCAGUGGUCGCAACAACACCAGUAGCUGCAGCCGUGGAUCCAUCGGAUAGAGCCCUGGCAGCAGCGUCGGAGUUGGAAAUUCCCAUCCCAAUCGAUACGGAGGAACCGGGUGACUUUACGCUGGAUGAGGAUGGAAGUGAGAUAAGGUUCAUCGAUUGUACGGAAACGGAGUCGGAGCGUCGGUUGGGACAGUCGGCUGCCGGCGAAGAUGAUCCGGCGAACGUUGUGCCGCAUCCGGAACGGCCAACCUCGCUAGAACUUGGCAGUGUGGCCGUGGUGAACGAAGCCGGCUUGACGGAUGGUGGCAUAGCAGCCUCCCCCGGACACACGCCUCCUUCAUCCCGCGUUAUCGUUCCCGAGCAGGGGCUUGCACUAUCUUCCACAAGCUCGGACGAUUUUGGAACGUCGAUCGAAGCACGGACCGCAUCACAUGCAGCGGAAGAGGAAGCAGCGUCACGGCUAGCCAUUGCCGAUCCGAUUCAAUCGCCGAUAGCCGCUCCAGUGCCGGUCGUCCCGCUGCUAAGCCCGGCACAGGCACAGCUCGGCAAGAUACAGCCGUUCUGGGUGCCGGACAAUUCAACCAAAUUCUGCAUGCAGUGUAACCAAAAGUUUUCCGUCAUCAAGCGACGCCACCACUGUCGGGCAUGCGGUCAGGUGCUCUGUUCGACGUGCUGCUGUCUGAAGGCCAAGCUGGAGUACCUGGGCGACGUGGAGGCCCGGGUGUGCAUCGAGUGCGACGUGAUACUGAGCAUUCAGCAGCAGCAGGCGAUGGAGGCCGAACAGUAUCAGCUGGCGGGAAUGCAGAGUGGCGAUAGCCGCAGCAGCCUGGCGGUGUCCGGUGCCAGCGGUCAGCGGCAGCCAAAUCCGAACAACCCGAUGGAGUACUGCUCGGUGAUUCCUCCGUUGCAGCAGGCCGCCGCCAGCAACCAGCCCCAGUCGCCCAUCUCGGUGAUGGUCCCGGUGGGAGUGUUGAAGCGUGCGGGAGCCCCUAGGAACAUGCGCAAGGAUAAGAACGUCAUCUUCAGCGACGGUAUACGGCCGGGGUGCGAUCUGACCGAGCUGGAUCAAAACUGGGACGCCGUGCCGACCCGCACCUCGCCCCCGAGAGGCCGCAAACCGAGGGUCCAGACACCGCCCGGUGGGGAGGAUGACGUUAACGCCAUUCCGCGCGUUGGCGGCCAGUUGGCGUCGCUGAUUCCGGCCGAGGAAAACAAACUUCCACCGGUGCUGAAGCGAAUCAGCCCCACGGAGAGCAAGCUGGUGGAGAUCGAAAACGACGCAUCGUUGCUGGAGGGAUUGCGCGAGGUAACACUGACGUUCGCGAUCCAGAAGAACUUCCACGUGCUCGUGACGGUGGUGGAGCUGGCGUGCUGCAUCAAUCGAACUGUGAUCAACUUCACGACCCGCGGGCUGCACUACGUGGGCCAGGACGAGAUAAUCAUCCUGCUCGUGCUGGGCGAUUCGCGCGUGCUUCCGAAGGACAUUUUCGUGCACCUGAACGAAAUCUACUGCGAGGCAGACCGGGGCCACAUCAUCACCGAGCUCGGGUUUUCGCCCGCCCGGUCGAACAACUUCCUCGGCUCGAAGAACCACGGCGGGUUUCUGUACGUGCGCCCGACCUACCAGUGCAUGAAGGCGGUCAUCGCGCCCGAAGCUCCGUACUUGAUCGGCAUCCUGAUACACCGGUGGGAGGUGCCGUGGGCGAAAAUACUGCCCCUGCGGCUGAUGCUGCGCCUCGGCGCCCUCUACCAGUACUAUCCGUGCCCGCACGUGAGCGAACGGGAGCGCGAAUCCGUGUACGUCGAGAUUGCGCAAACGAUCGUGAACCUGCUGGCGGACUUUCGGCACUUUAGCUACACCAUUCCGAGCGUGCGGGGCAUGGUGAUCCAUCUGGAGGAUCACAAGACGAGCAUCCUGAUACCGCGCAACCGCUACGAGCAGAUGGUGAAGGUGGUGGACGGGUCCAGCGAGCAGCUGAUGGCGGUGGGCGGCAACUUUAGCAAACUGGCGGACGGCCAUCUGGUGUGCAUACAGAACACGGAGUCGGGAUGCCCGGAAGCGACGCAGUACACGACGCAGGCGAUCGACAUCGAGAGCCAACCGCGCAAGGUGACCGGAGCGAGCUUUCUCGUGCUGGACGGUUCGCUCAAGCCCAACUCGGGCCUGACCGGCCGGUGCACCAUCCUGGAGGAUGGGCUGCGGGUGCUGAUACCGCCGGUGAAGCUGCAGCUCGUCAAGGAGGCGCUGAAAGCGAUGAAAGACUAUCAGAUCGUGUGUGGGCCGACCGAGGGAGACGACAGCCAGAAGGAGCUGGUGUCGAUCGAGUGGACGUCGAACGAUUUGAACUUCAACAUAGGCGUCACGUCGCCGAUCGAUCGGAAGGCGUUCGACGGUGUGCCAAGCAUUCGGGUCCACCGGGGCACGGACUAUUCCAACUCGAACCACAUCAUCCGCUGGACGGAGGUCUUUAUUUUAAAGGGAGACGAAGAAUCUAACCAUCCCGGUGAUCCGAUCAACAUGUCGAAGAUUUCGGAAACGGUCGCCAAAACGGCUUGCAAGGCACUGGUUGAGUAUCUGGAUCUGCUGGCGUCAAACGGACACACCAAACUAGCCCUGCGGAUUAGCUCCAAUCGCGGUCAGAUGGCGUACGUGGCGGGAAGUGGCGGAAACCAGCUAGCUCCUCUAUAUUCGAACGCGCUCGGACAGGCGGUGAUGGAGCUGCUGGAACGGCAGGCCACGGCGCUACAUCUCGAUCUGCACGAUAUUGUAUUCGAACUGAUAUUCCACAUUCUUGACAAGUAGUUAUUCAAACGCUAAGGACUGAAUCGACCCGUGCGUGGUCCCUGAACCUGCGACCACAGCCAACCUGUGAGCCUAUACGAUAUGUUCGAAAAGUAUCGGUUGGUUUUUCUUUUGCGGUUCCGUUACGUUUUGAUUAGAAGAUUGCUUCUUCGUGUUUUUCAUUCACCAACCAGGCCGGCAGUUGGCCGGCAUGCCGGGUCUCUCCAAAGAGCGAAUGUAUUGAGGAUUGUAUUAUUUGCUUCGAACAAACCAACCCCUAUAAUAACCAAGUGCUAGCCUGGCCGCCCAGGUAGAGUAAAACGGACGCGGUCACACAUUCACGGGGUGCAUAGCAAACCGAAGUAGUCGACAAAAGUCGAGCGGGAUAGAGAGGAAGGAAACGUUCACACCAGGGUGCACACCGUGAGUUAUAUAGAGUAUAUAUAGAGUAUACAUAUAUACAUAGAUAUAGAUAUAUAUAUUUCUUAUAUAUAGUUAAAAUUAUUGAAAGGAAGAGAGCCAGUCACCAAGUUUAUUAUGUCGCUGUUUAUAGGUAGACGCGGUGGAAGGGGAGGUAUAUUUAUAUUUGAUUUGGAAGUUUUAGUGCCGACGGACAACAACAACAACAGAAACGGGAUUGACGCAAUAUAAUGGCAGCAAAUUGGCAUUGCAAUGAUAGUUAUUACAUUCAAAUCGGAACGUUGGCCCAAGUUGCAAGCAUGAUAAUAGCAAAUAUAUUAGUGCACGCGAGUGCACCUACCACGUA